GAGGACGCCCACUCGGAGAUCUGCACCCCACACCGGCACGCCUGCGCCGCCUCAAAUUAAGUUCUAGAUGCGGAGAAGCAAACCGACCAUGACCUGUCAGAAGAGGGGGAUGUGUACAUACAGACCGCGGUUAUUUUGCUCGCGAGCCAGGUACACAGCACAACGGCCACGCGAUGCGAAUUGAAAAAUUCGCAUGGAUCGCCCACCACCAUAGCAUCGCUGGAGCGGCGCCGACGAAGCUUAGUUCGAUGCCGGUGAGCAAAGGUGUCAUCACGCAGGCAGAUGCUUUUUCCCUUCCCUCGCCUCGUGGACCAGUCAACCGCGGCGUAUAGAGAGGGUGUGCGCAUCUGGUGUCCGCACCAUGUUUGCGACAACGACAGCACUCCCCAUCCUGCGUUGACGAAUCCAUUCAUCCGCAGCCUUUCCACGUCCCAGCCGUCUGGACGGCGAUGGCUCACCAGUUCGGCGAGAACAGCAUCGUUAGUGCCGUCGAUGUUCCUCCCGGACGCGCCGGUCAGCCCUACGUGAUUUCAUCCCAGGAGGGCGAGCUUAUCUACGUACCUUUCUCGCGGGCCUUGACGCGUCUUUUGGUUACGGCAAGAGAGACCGACUAUGCUUUCGCUGUGGUCGCGCGCAGCGGCAGCCAUGGCGAUGUCACGGGCUUCUAUUCGCAUCGACGGGCGCAUGUCGUGUUUAUAUGCCUCAAAGGGAGCAUGCGGUUCUGGGUUAAUGAUCAGUGCCGGACGAUGACCGCGGGCGACUGUGUCAGCGUACCUCCGGACACCUUGAAGCAGUACCAGAUACUUGGUGAUCACUCCGAGUCAAUAUCUUUCUUCUCGCCCGGCGGCGGUGAGGAGUUCUUCCGCUUCGUUGGCGAACUCACGACAGGUCCUUUCUGGCCUCUGCAGGACAAUCGUGAUGCAUCAGAAGCGCUGGGCUACAAAGUCAGCGCCGCGAUGCAGCGGUACAACAUGCAGUUUCAUCAUGACUACAAAUCUGUUGAUCCAUCACUAUGGAGGGCCAGCGAUGCACAGCUCCCCGGCCGAGCCAUACCUUAUUUCCUCCGUAGCGCAUCCGGCCCGGCCUACCUCAUCGGCGGGACAGUAUGCAGACCUCUAAUCACAACACGAGAGUCCAACGACCAAUUCUCCGUCGGCAGCAUCGAGGGCUCAUCGCAUCAUUUCGACAAUUACGUGUUUGGCAAAACCGGCAUGAUGCGCUUCGUCGAGGCGCAGCACGCCUUUCUGAUCGUGGAGGGAGUGGUGGAAUUCGUCAUCGGAUCCUGUCUACCGGCACUCCUACCUGCUGGUCAGGUCAUCUACGUGCCACGCCUGACCGAGUUUGCGAUCCACUUUCGCUCACGGUUUGCGAAGAUGUACGCGUUCGCAAGUGGUGCCGGCUUGGUGGGAUUGAGCUGCAAGCUGGGCGACGAGUACGAUCUGCCGAUGCCGCCGAAUCGGUCGCAGCCUGUCGACUUGCGUGCUCUGCAGGCAUUGCAGUAUGAGUUUGGUUUUCAGCUAUGCUGAGGGAUGUUCUUGCCGAGAGCAGGUUCUUGAAGGAAGAAAGGAAAAUCGGCGAGUCCUGGCUUUGAUGAAGGCUGGGCUAUGAAUACAUAAUGGCAUUUGUGCGAGAUGGUUUUGGGGCAGAUACGUAUUUCGGGUUCAUGCCCGUUGCAUAUAUCAUGGCGGCGGUGGCGAUGUUCUAGUCGAAGAUACCCAGAAAUGAAUUCAGGCGAGGAAAGCCUGCAGCAUGGA